AUGGAGGAAUUUGAAGCACAGAUUCCUAUAGACUGUCUGUGUUGUACAUCCUCGGCCUUAAUUGCAGGGGGAUAUCUAUUUCAUGAGGAAACAAGAAGUGGGAAGAUAUAUUUCUACGAUCUUGAAAGCAUGGAGAUUCAAGACGAAUUUGAGACAUCAGGAACUCUUGACAUUAAGAUUAAUGCCCAGACCCUAUAUUCUGCGAAUUCUAGAGACGUUUCUGCAAUAAAUAUCGGUAGUAAAAGUAUCAUCAAAACAGACACAAGGGAUAUUAACACAUAUCUGGAGAUUAAUGGAGACGAAGUAUUUGUUUCCGACAUUGGAGGAAGAGUUAGUGUUUAUGAUAAAGACAUUACUGUGAGAAAGGUUGUAAAGCUUGGUGAGGCGCCAAUCUGGGUGCUUAAAGGAAGAUGUAAGGAGUUGAUGUGCGGGUCGGAGGAUGGAGAGCUCAGAUUUGUAGACAUGAGAACGUGGUCCGAACACCACCGAAUGAAAAGAGCUUCCGGGGUUAUAUCAAUAUAUGAACACUUGGAAUAUUUAUAUGUAGGGUCAUAUGAUGAGCAUAUAGAAAUUGUUGAUAAAAGAAUGUAUGAGGUUGUGAGGAAGGUAAAAGUUGGAGGAGGUGUAUGGAGGAUCUUUGAGAAAGACAAGACAUUCUUUCUGUCUUGUAUGUAUGAAGGGCUGAAGGUUUGCGAUGGUGACUUAAAUAUUGUGAAAGAGUUUCCGACGAACUCAAUUGCAUAUGGACUAGCUUCCUCAGACAAGGAGCUUUUCUUUACAUCGUUUUAUGAUAAGAAAAUAUGCAAACUUAGGUUCCAGGACCUAAAAGAUAUUGUGGAGGGAGAAGACUAUUUUUGA